AUGUCUUAUGAUUUUUCAUUGUAUUGUUGUUCUUUGUUAGAAGAAUCAUCGCCAUUAUUAUCAUCACUUUCACCUCUAUUUCAUUUUUGUAAUGGAAAUGAACGCAACACCUACAAACAUCUUUACUUUAUAGAUGACCAAAAGUUACAGGUAUACUUGGCAAUUGGAGACUCAACCGAUUUACUUCCGAGUGGCGUAAUGGAACCACUCGAUAAUCAGAAGCCAGAGAACGGGUCUGUCGACUCUGCUUAUAUAGGUAUCGUCAACCGGUACUUUCAUGUACAGCCUCUAGAGUACUACCUUUUGAAAAACUACUCUGUACACGUCGUUGGUUAUUCUUCUGGUGGGUGCAUAGCGCAGGCACUGACAGCCUUGUUGGUAUCACGAGUAAACUACAAAUUGACAACCAGUCUCAGUUGUAUCACCUUUGGCUCGGCACCUGUUUGGGACAAGGCAACAACCAUUUUUCUCAAGGCCCACCACUUUUCCGACACCAUCUUUACCAACUUUCUCUUGACUGACGACCAUUAUCACCGUACUUUGGUGUAUGCAUCUUCAUCAAAUUUCGACCUUUAUCCACUCUUUAGAGUUCUGUUGGGGAGAUACAAAAGAAAAGAAAACCCAGUAUUAUCUCCUGAAUAUGAGGAAAUGGUUAAUGAUUUGCACAAAUUAAUACCCAAUCAAGAAUAUGAUACUAGUUUUGGCACUUGGAUACACUCUAUGAGUUCACUUCCCCUAGGAGUUGGCAUGUACGAGUCACCCGAAACCAUUUUCACCAAAGGGUUGAAACAAGGGUUUCCACAUAAUAAGGGAUUCAAGGCGUAUUUAAUGGCGUUGGAUAUUGAUGAAAAGUUAGUUAAAGAGAAAAUUCAAGCUCCAGAUUUAGUACAAGAACCAGCAAUUUUUAAAACCUCCUCGUACAACGUUGAUACUGCCAUUUUUAAUCCUAGCUCAAAUCAAAUGGUUGCCAAGAUCUCUGGAAUCAAUCUUCACAUGUUUUCAGACUGUGAGAGCCAAUCUCAAUGGACAGCCGCCAUCGAUAGAAAGGAGACUCACAGCCUCGAGAUAACCAUCCACAAUGCCAAUCUGCAUUACCUCAGUACUUUUAAAUUAAAGAUAGUUCAACCAUAUCACAACAGUAAAUUUUCAAAUCGAUAUCUUUGGAUUGAAAUUCCUUCAAAAACUAUAAAGUACUCUGAGGAAUUAUUUUUAACUCAUAUUCUCAGGUUAUCAAUGUUUCAUUUAGCCAUUUGUGGAGAGAAUGGGGAUUUGGAGAUGGAACAGCGAUUGGUGGAAUUGGAUGAAUUGCUUGGAGUGGAAGUUGAUCUUGUGCCCGAUGACACAUCACGUUUGAGUCUGCUUCAGGGUAGUGGCGAGAUUAUCGACCAAGCUUUGGAAGAUGAAUUAAUCACAUGCUCUCGUAUUGCAGCCUCCAAGAACUCAGAGUACGAGGAGCUUCAAAAGAUUGUCGCCAAUCCAAAGGAAUUUAUCAAGCAAACAGACAAGUCGAAAAGCAUCCACCUUGAAAAGUAUUGGAGCAGCAUUCAAACCAAUACCCUUGAUGUCUAUCAAAAGGAAUAUCUUUUGCCUUGCAUUCCGUUUGGCCAGUUGGUCAAAAAAUGGAAAUCAAUGUUCUCUGCAUCCAAGGCAUCCAAGAAGAAACCACCUUUUGUGCGAUCACUCUUUGAAGCCAUUCAACCGGCCAUCUACCUUGUCGUGCUUCGUCAACUAAAUGCUCCUCUUCCGUCUCUAACACCAUUUUACUGGGGAUCGAUAUUUAGAACACUCGGCGAAAAGUUAAAGACUUGGUUCCCUAAUCUCUUCCCUCACUUUUCGCUCGACAAGGCUGACAAGGAGUACCAUCUCCGAGUUAACCUAUUGUACUUUUACGCACAGGGUCAAUACAACUUGGAUGACAUGCAACUGUCCUCUCCAAAAACACUUCAAGAGAUGGAGUUGAAUGUAGUCGACCAUUUGUUAAAAAUGGCCUCUAGUUUUGGAUCACAAUUCGAUAAUGAGAUUUAUAUGCAAGUUCCUCAUCCAAUCUUUCAUCAUAAAUUCAACAAUCAAGAUAGAUCAAACAUUGUCAAGUUUUUAAACGUUGUUUCUCCAAUCAACCAACUUCGUAAAUCCAUUAUCAACCGUAGCUAUAUUAGUAUCUUUGGUGUUCAAAAUGUUGGUAAAAGUAGUUUACUUUCAUUUGGUUGGGGUUGUAAUACAAGCCCAAGUGUUUGUAAUAAUACUCUUGACCCAUCUUGUUAUUAUGUAUAUAGUCAACAAGGAGAUGAAAUUAAGAGUCCUUGCUUUGUCGAUUGGCCAGCUGCUACCGAUAGUGAUUAUGGGAAAUCAAAUCUUGGUGAUUUAAUUUUACCUUGGUCUAAAGUUUGUAUUUGUAUUUUAGGUUUAGAGAAUGCAAAUGAUACACCUUCAUUGGAUGUCGUACAAUUCUUGUCGAAAAACGGUGUUAAAGUGUUGAUUCUUUUAUCAAUGGCUGACAUUAUGUGGGGAAAGAUUAAAGAUGACCAUGUCAAGAUAGACGAUGAUGCUCACCAACAAGAAUGGGGUUCUGACGACCAAGAAGUUAAAGUUGAUAUGGAUGCAGUAAAAGAAUCUUUUUGGAAAAGAGGUAUAACAAAGAAGAAAAGAUAA